UACUUUGUGCUGGAUCCAGAGCUGGGACAGCUGCAGUACUUUGUAAAUGAACAGGGCAAGAGCCAGAAGCCCAGGGGCUCCCUGCCUCUGAUUGGUGCAUCGGUUGUCCAGAGUGAUGAGGCACCACACAUGUUUAUCGUCAACUCAUUCAAUGGCGAGCUUUACAAGCUCAGAGGUACGCUGAACCUUAUUGGCAAUCAUUCAGCUUUAACAAAUUAAACUGUUAUAAUAAUAAGUAUUUAUUUUACAUGCUGCAUAGUCAGAGAUUGGGCAUUCAGGGAGAUUGCAUGGGGACAUUGGGGAGAUUGCAUUGCCUUAUGGGUGUUUUGCAGUUGUGCCAUAUAGUGAUACCGCUUGAGCAGCUUAAAUUGUGCACUGGGGAAAAAACAUUCCCAACAACCCAGUCUUUGUUUUGGAAAAGCAUAUAAUGAAAUUGAACCUGUGAUGUUGUAACUUAGCUUCAUGAAUAUUUCAUGAGUCACAUUACUAACUUUCAUUUCGCCAACUCUAUUUCCCACACUUGACAUGAGUUCUCUCGAGCUAGCAUGAGUGGGCUACUUCACGGGUAUUCUAGAUAAGCUGCCUUGUCGCAUUGCUGAAAGUUUGAACAGGGUAAUUUGUAAGUUGCUCUGGAUAAGAGCGUCUGCUAAAUGAUGUAACUGGUCUGGUUGAUACAUCCUGUCAAAAGGGACACUUCCCUCUGAGCUAUGGUUGAGUCAUAGGUCCAUUGGGUUUAAACUGGUCACUAUGCUAUAGGCUCACUCUGUCAGAAGUAGGACUGGGACGAUACCAGUACCACAAUAUUUUUUCCAUGGCAAAAAUGAAAAGACGAAGCAGACCGAACUCGUUGGUCCUUUAAAAACCUGCUGUAUGUAAAAUAUUGUGUGCUAUAGCUUAGAAAAUAAACAAAUGUGACUCUGGAUGACGACAUAAUGAUGUUUGUUUCAAACAUUAGGGCUGUUUACCUAAAGAAAUUGAAUCCGCUUUGUGUUUUGUUUCCUUGCCACAAUACUAAUGAGUAUCGCGGUUCUGGUAUCGUCCCGGCCCUAGUCCGUAGCCUGUAUCCACUGAUGCAGCGGGAGACUCCCUGUCGCUCUGCUUUAGACUGUGUAAUGUCCCUGUACAUUCCCCAAGGGAGGUAUCAGAAUAACUUGCCCUGUAUCUGUGGAUGACUCAGUGAUCCAUCUAUUGAGCUCAGAGCAAGAAUAAGUAAUUGUAGCAAAUCAAUGUAGGAGUAGGGAUCCACUGACUACAAUGUAGAGAUGGAACUAGAUAUAGCGUAAAUAAAGAUGAGAAAAGGUUAAAUGACAAUCCUUAUCAAAGAAGCUAGUUGGGUGUAUGUUGUGUUGUUGAAAGGGCUAAACACUAUACUUAGUGGCAUACAAGUCGUUCCUCUGAUUGGGAUGGUGACAUUUGAAUAAAGCUCCAGUUUGCCAGAAUUAAGUCAAAUGACGGAACAAUACCCUUUAGUGUAGCGACCUUUCAUGAGUUGUUGACUAAGAUUUGUAGGUGCACCUUAAAUCUCACACGGUUGUCAUGGAAACCCUGGGCCUCUACUGGGAAGGGAGAAAUUCAAGGUUCAACCAGGAACACGUUUCCUGUUCGACCUUUGGCGAAUCUGCAACAACAGACCUCUGUAGUAUCACCUUAUGGGUGAUUUGUACAGCCCAACUGUGAAUGUGUCCUUUCUUUCCAUGAUGUGGAUGUCCUUGAAUCCCCCUUCACAAACUGUCAAAUGUCAAGUUACUGAGAAGGUGCAUAUUUCUGUAAGCCAAUAAUCUCCCUUCAAGUGUCCUUGGUCGAACAUUUGAUCUCAACUCAUAAUAAACAUUUUGAGAAUGUUGUAUUCAAGCCAUAGGGAAUUAUGUGAGAUCUGAUACAGGCGCUAAAGCACAGGCUUUGUCUUCAUCUGAUAUCCAACCAAGGGAGCAUAGGGUAAAUCGUUUUAGUCGAAUAAGAGCGGGAGCAUUAUGUUUCGAGCUUCGCCCGGAGCCAUGCUCAUUGCUCCAGAGUGUAUGAAAUAAAAAGGGGAAAACAGCAUUAAUUAAAUCCUGUUUGAAUGAUCAAAUGGCUAAUUAAAGCUGUUGAUCACAUGAUGCCAUGAAUAAGACACAAGGGCUGUUUAGAAGAGUCAAGUUAUUUUGACGGCUUUUCAAGGGUUCUAAUUGAGAUGCCUGACUGCAUAUCAGACAUUAUUGUGAAUUAUUGAAGUAGUAUAAUGCUUUAUAGAGGUUAUGGUGCUAACACCAUAGACUGCAGAAUCCCACUGCAGAAUCCGACAAAGACUAAAUAUUUUUAAAGAUCAAUGAGAUUAUCAAUGGAGCCUUAUAUGCAAUGUUAUAAAAUAUUUAAUAUUGCCUAGAACAAAUUCAAGCUCAUCCAGAAUAAGGAUCCAUAUUACUUCUACAUACUAUGGCUGGCAAAAUAAAGGAAAGAGCAACACAAAGUGUCUUAGGGCUCAGACACGCCAACAGCGUUUGCUGGCAGAGAGUACUUAGCAUCUCUGAACAGAGUGCCAGCCGUAAUUUGCGAACUGAAUACACACCGAUUUUACAUGUAGAAUCAAGUGAAAAUGUCAAGUCACACGUCUAUAGUGGUUGGUCCCUAAAACACAGCACGCUGAACGAUGUGUGUGACUUUAAUAGGGCGUCGGGCCACCACGAGACAGAAUAGUUAAUUUCGCCUUGGCAUAGAUUCUUUAAGUGUCUGGAACUCUUUUGGUGUUUUGUAUAAGGUGGUGGAAAACGCUGUCUCAGGUACCACGCUAGAAUCUCCCACAAGUGUUUAAUUGGGUUGAGAUCUGGUGACAAAGGCUGUGUUUACACAGGCAGCCCAAUUCUGAUCUUUUUUUCCACUAAUUGGUCUUUUGACCAAUCACAUCAGAUCUUUUUCAGAGCGGAUCUGAUUGGUCAAAAAGCUUGCACUGCGUAGUAUAAGCUCCAGGCUUUACAAUGUUCUUUCCAGCAACUGCAAUAAUUCCUACUGUCCCAUAGUAGUCAUGUUUAAUAACUUAACUUCCAACAGUUAUGAAGUACAUAUUCAGCGUGCUGCCCUGUCAUUAUCUCCACUCACCUUGAUCAGAUCCCCCACCAGCUCCCACAAAAGUAUGAGACUAUUAUUUUAGCCAACAACAUCCACUCGAUCACUGUAAUUAGCAUCAGUGUAAUUACAUGGCCAUGGUUAAAUGCUUGAAUGGCAAUGGAUAGACAUUAGUGCUCUCUCUUUAGAGUCUAUAUUGAAGCGUAUGUUGACCCCCUUAUUGAAAUUAAAAUGGAAUGUGUAGAGCAUUGCUGACUAGGACGGGAGACCGUUGUUGCUCAUUGUAAAUGGGUAGGACUGUGUUGUGCUGCUUGUUCUCAUUUGCCAAAACAAGCGUGGCUCAUGCAUCAACUGAAUGGAACUGCCGCCCCUCCAACUCCAAACCAGGGACCUUUUUGAACAAAACACCAGCUUUGAAUUUUUGAUUAGCCUUGGCCUUCUUUUGGGGUUACCUUUUAGACGGAGCACAAGAAUGACCUGGUCUUCGCUAAGUAAGGAUUAGUGUGCAAGUAGCUCAUGUUAGCGACUAAGCGUCCUUUUCAUCAUUCAAAACAGGUGCAUAUUUGCAUAUCCACAUAACCGCUCAGCACUGCCAGAUCCACCUCUGUUCAUUGCAGCUAGCUAAUUAUGUACAAUCACGGCAAAGCUUGUAUAAAUCAAGACCCAAAAUUGCUGAUCUAAAUGUGUCGCAGACUGUAAACUGAGACGUUUUGAAAGGAAAAUAUAUGCUGAUGGUCUUAACAGACUGACAGCUGGGUACAGGUGUUUCAUUAUGAAUAGCCUACAUGAACACAGCCUUCUCUUGAGAGAGCAGAGGAGCUAUUCACUGGAGAAGGUACUGUUUUAAGUGUCACAUUGACAUUUGUCAGUGUGGAUGAGUCUCCUUCUGUCUCUUUACUCAGGCGACAUUUCAGGUGCUUGAAAAAUGCCUUAAGUGAUUGACAGAUACUCAUGUCACAGUGCUCAAAUGAGGCCAUUACCAUUCCAAGAAAUGACUCAUUCUCGAGCUAAACUCGCAUGAAUAUAGAUUCAACAUUCAGCACUCCACCGUUCAUGAUCAACGUGCCCAUUGUUUCAGUUAAUCACUAAUAGGGACUCCAGGAGUCCAGACAAUGCUGCUAUAUUCGGUUCCGUUGCUAAUGAAAUGUUCUUAUUUUCUCCUUGGAUAGUUACCAUAGCAACUGGAGACUUUGCUACAUGUAUCUCACUGAAUAGGUUGAGAUGCUGAAUUGCUCUUGAACUAAAGUUUUACCAGUCAGUCACAAUGAUCAGCCAAUUGGUCUAGCUAGUCUAGACGAAAGAGGUUGUACCAUUUGUAGACAGGCUCUGCCAAUUAAUCAGUUAAUGAAAUGAAACAGGCUUAUUGGUGUGUCUGGCCUCGGAGGGCAGUUUACAGCAGUUUACUGUCUUGUAAAACAAAAGGGGUCCAGUGAGUCACUUUUUCCAUGGUUGGUGUUUGGAUAGCAGGCCGUCUCUGGGCCUGUGAAAUGUCUGCCAUUUUAGCUACUCACACACACACUGUUGCCCCCAUCAUUGAGAGUUUAGGUGAAAAAUCAAGCUUUCCAUCAAUCUGAAAGUGUGUCUUAGAAAAUGUUUUAGUGUGUUGUAGAAUAAGGACACAGAUGCUAUUGUAAAGUUCAGUAGUUUACGAGCCCCUACACAGGGAGUUUGGGAUCAACAUAACAAACUAGUACUGAUGCACUACAGUACUGAGUUCUGAUGCACUACAACUAUCAGACCCUGACCCUGUAUCAGAAUACACAGUACAUUGGCUGAUAAUGUGUCAGACAGAACUUGGAUGUCAAUCUGAAAAGUGAUAUGCAAUACAGAAUGACAUACAUUUUGUGAUGACUACCUACCUAUUGAACUGACCGUUAACUCGUAUGAAUAUGAUUUGCUAUUUCUCCCAUUGUGACGAUGAUUGUUAUCGGAAAUUAACAUCUGAUUCGCUCCUUUUGUGUCUCCGUAGCAUCCGAUGCCAAAGAGCAGCAGUUCUGGAUGAACCAACUCCAAGCGUGUGCCAGACGCCAUUCCGACAGCAGUGCCAAGGUGUGUACAACACACACACACACACACACACACACACACACUGCAGUCACUACUAAGCUCUAGCUCCUGGAUAUGUCCCUCAGGAGGAGCGGUGCAGUGACAGGGAAGCCUUGACUUUCCCUUAGAGAUUAAUAUACCACUGAGUUUACAAAUCGCAUCCCACUUCUGUAAGCACAGCUCAGAUUUAUUGAAUUACUUGGGUUCAGGCACCUUGGAGGAAAUGAAAUUGCUGUUAAUAUGGCUUUGGACAAAUUGCUUGAAUGGACAACUAUGGUAUUAGUGUAGGGGUCGAGAGAAAGGCUGUAGUUUGAGAGAAAGUAGCUUUGUGGUUGUGAGAUUUUGUCGCAAACCGCUGUUGUUGGGUGCAUUGUUGGCACACUGAAACAGCAAAUGCUCUUUCCGAUAGUGGUUGGAUUUUGGAAUUCUUUAGCUUUCAUGCAGUCUCAAUGCACACAGCAGGCACAGAUAGAUAACAUUCAUAGCCUUCAGAAAGUAUUCAUACCUCUUGACUUAUUACACAUUUAGUUUUUUCACAGCCUAAUUUCAAAAUGGAUUGAAUAUUUAUUUUUCUCUCACCCAUCUACACACAAUACCCCAUAAUGACAAAGUGGAAACAUGUUUUUAGAAAUGUUACCAAAUUUAUUGAAAAUCAAAUAUCUCAUUUACAUAAGUAUUCACACCCCUGAUAGAAUCACCUUUGGCAGCAAUUACAGCUGUGAGUCUUUCUGGGUCUCUAAGAGAUUUUCACACCUGGAUUGUACAAUAUUUGCACAUUAUUCUUUAAAAAAGGAUUUUAGCAAUGUCAAGUUGGUUUUUGAGCAUUGCUAGACAGCCAUUUUCAAGUCUUUCCAUAGAUUUUAAAGCCAAUUCUUAAGACAAAACUGUAACUAGGCCACUCAGGAACAUUCAAUGUCAUCUUGGUAUGCUACUCCAGUGUAAUUUGGCCUUGUGUUUUAGAUUAUUGUCCUGCUGAAAAGUGAAUGUGUCUCCCAGUGUCUGUUGGAAAGCAGACUGAACCAGGUUUUCUUCUAGGAUUUUGGCUGUACUUAGGUCUGUUCCGUUUCUUUUUAUCCUAAAAAACUCCAUAGUCCUUGCCGAUGACAAGCAUUCACAUAACAUGAUGCAGCCACCACCAUGCUUGAAAAUAUGAACAGUGGUACUCAGUGUUGUAUUGGAUUUGCCCCAAACAUAACGCUUUGUAUUCUGGACAUAAAGUUAAUUUCUUUGCAGUUUUACUUUAGUGCCUUAUUGCAAUCAGGAUACAUCUUUUGGGAUAUUUGUUAUUCUGUACAGGCUUCCUUCUUUUCACUCUGUCAUUUAGGUUAGUAUUGUGGAGUAACUACAAUGUUGUUCCAUCCUAUCACAGCCAUUAAACUCUGUAACUGUUUUAAAUUCACCAUUGGUGAAAUCCCUGAGUGGUUUCCUUCCUCUCCGGCAACUGAGUUUUACAUUUUAGUCAUUUAACAGAUGCUCUUAUCCAGAGCUACAUUUAGGGUUAAGUGCCUUGCUCAAGGGCAAGACAGAUUUUUCACCUAGUCGGCUUGGGGAUUCGAACCAGCGACCUUUCGGUUACUGGCCCAAUGCUCUUAACCGCUUGGCUACCUGCCUCUCAGGAGUUAGGAAGGACGCCUGUAUCGUUGGAGUGACUGGGUGUAUUAAUACACUAUCCAAAGUGUAAUUAAUAACUUCACCAUGCUCAAAGGGAUUUUCAAUGUCUGCUUUUUAUUAGAUUUUUACCCAUCUACCAAUAGCUGCCCUUCUUUGCUGGGGAUUGGAAACCCUCCCUGGUCUUUGUGGUUGAAUCUGUGUUUGAAAAUCACUGCUUGACUGAGGGACCUUACAGAUAAUUGUAUGUGUGGGGUACAGAGAUGAGGUAGUCGUUAAAAAAUCAUGUUUAACCCUAUUCUUGUACACAGAAUGAGUCCAUGCAACUUAUUAUGUGACUUGUUAAGCACAGUUUUACUCCUGAACUUAUUUAGGCUUGCCAUAACAAAGGGGUUGAAUACUUAUUGACUCAAGCUAUUUCAGCUUUUCAUUUUUAAUGAAUUUGUAAACAUUUCUAAAAACAUACUUCCACUUUUACAUUAUGUAAUCCAUUUUAAAUUCAGGCGUGAAUACAGAUGAGUAUUUGGGCUCACGAGUGGCGCAGCGGUCUAAGGCACUGCAUCUCAGUACUAGAGGCGUCACUACAGACCCUGGUCCGAUUCCAGGCUUUAUCACAAUCCGGCCGUAAUUGGGAGUCCCAUAGGGUGGCGCGCAGUUGGCCCAGCAUCGUUUGGGUUUGGCCGGGGUAGGCUGUCAUUGUAAAUAAGAAUUUGUUCUUAACUGACUUUCCUAGUUAAAUAAAUAAAUACAUGAUUGCGUACCAUCACCUCGGAGAGUGAUCCUCUCUAGUAGAUCUUGAUCUUGGCACCCCUUGUACACCUGCUCCUCCCUCCUCUACCCCUCUAACUCUCCUGCUAUCUCCUCCCCUAGGGCUUUGCAGCUGCUACAGUAGGAGUCAGCUAUUCCCUUUGUAGAGUAUCAUCCCUGAUUCUCUGUCUGUUUGAGAGUGAGAGGUAACCUGGGUACGUGCCACCUGGCAAUAGCUUUGAAGGGGAACCCUUCCAAACCUAUAAACUCUUUUUGAUUUCAAAAGUUUUUGUGUGGGAAGGUCUAUGAAAGUCAGAUUCAAGUCAAGGUCAUGUUGAAUCAGGACUGCCACCUGAGUGUUUAGUUUUUUUAUUAUACUGCAGCAUAUUGUGUUGUCUUUGUAGGAAAAUGUUUCAGCAAAUGGCCUAUUCUUCAGUAUACUAAAUGUAUAUUUUGCUGUUUUUCUCUUCCUUUCAUUCGCUCUCUCCUUCGCUUUCUCUCUCCCUCUCCCACCAUCUCCCCAUGUCUACAGACUGAUUGUGUGAGUGCACCGCAGCAGUCUACAAUCAAUGCUCUCUCUGUCUGCAUCUCCUCGCUCUCUCCCAUCAUGCAUCACCCCAUUUCCUCCACCCCUGCCUCGUGGCACAGUAACUCUCAUAAAUAUUGUUCCUGUUUCCUGUCAAAAAGACACGUUUCCUUAUGUAAAUGAGUUUAUGUUAAUCCAUUGCCACUGUAGACUUGAUUUGGGGAGUGUAUAGAAUAGAAUUUGGGGAAGUAUGGCUGGUUAUGGACUCCUGCUUUCUUGGUAUAAUAGAUAAGAGGGUAGCAGACCAUGCAUUCAUCAUCUCUGGAGCUCCAGCACAGCCUUAUUGUUGGUCUCUGUUGGCUAUGCACUGUGUCUGUCCGGGGUACAUUGAAGCCAGUCUCCAUGUGACAGAGGAGCCAGUGGCGUAUCAGCCUCAUUAUGGAGUUACCCCAUCCUCUGGAUCUCUGCUGUGGGCCUUGACAGCCUGGUUUGGAAGUCACUGGGUUGUGAAGGGAACAGUAGAGAUUUAGAACCUUCUGUAUAGGAGUGAGCCAACCAGUUAAUUUUAACAGUGGACGGAAGAAACGGAAUCCGUUUUGCGUCUGGGUCAUGUUCAGUAGGGCACAUAGUUUUGUAAUGGAAAACAAAAAUGGGCUUUUCUUAUUGGACAAGUUCAGGUAGUAUCUUUCCAUUUCCCCACCUACUGAACACGACCCUGUACUGAGUUCUAUGUUAUUUUGUGUUUUGCCUUAGGUGUGGAAGUUUAAGGGAUCGGAUGAGCACCUGAAUGUGAAGAGAACGACGGGAGGCAGCCAGGAGGGGCUGGUGAGUCAAGAUGCACCCGUCCACACCUGAGCUACUGACCUUGUACCAACAACUCACCCUGUACAAAUAACUGAUCCAACAUAAACACCUGCCUACUCAAUUUUCAGAGCUCUAUAUACUGAGACAUAAAUACACUUAUAGGGUUGUCCAUGUCUUCAUCUCUCGCUGUGUCCUGGUUCUCACUUUCUGCACUCCUCCAUAUAUUUCAAAGUGUAGAAAAAGCCUGUAUGUUCUUGAAAGCUUUCAUUGCAAACUCUCACAUGCCACAUACACCGUAUAGCUAUUCACUUUUUCAAAAAGUGCUGCACAGUUGAAUAGACAGAGAAGUCCAAUUAUACUCCUUAACUUGGAUCAGUAAGAAGAGGGUUUUUUCCUCUUGUCAAAAGCGGGUGGGCUUUUUUGGGUUCCUGUACCGUGACAGACAACCGUAGUAGUCUAAUCGUGUCUAAGCUUCCCAUUCUGCCUCAGAGAUCAGAAUCGCAUCUCCUCCGAAGGCUAAGAUGUAUUCCUGGCUUAGCAAACACGAUCUAGAAUGAAUCCGUGUAAGCCUGAGCACCGAAAUACAUUUGGGGAAUGAGGGCAUUUCUGUUCUAUAGUAUUUAUUAUCGCCAAUGCUGGGUUUACAACUGAUAAGUAAACUGAGCUUUCCUCAGUUUAGCUGCUAAUUUACGCUUUCGGUGGAGAUUUAAACUUUGUAUUCAAAAAGCUGUCAAGCAUUUUAUACAAUUUCUUUCAACGUGUCGGUCACCAGUUACAAAUGGCAACCCUUUCUCUGAUGUAUUUACAAUGACUUUCUUUGUACAGUAGUUGGUUCACGUAAGGAAGAAAAGCAUCGCUUAUUUUGCCUUAAGUUACAUUUUCUACCACCCUGUAGUGGAAGAGAGGAUGUUACUGUGUUAUAAAAUAACUCUCAUGGAUGUUUGAAAUUCCUCUCAUCCCGGCUCUUUGUGGAACUAAUUCCCUGCAGAACCCUUAGCAUAUAAUUUGCUUUUGAAGCAGGAGUAGUUUGCUCAGGCGGGUAUUCGGCGUCAGUCUCUCUUUCAGGUGCCUCUUAAAGGGCCCAGCUGAGCCCCAUUGUAGAUACAUUUGAGUAGAUUAUUUCUGUCUUUUUGAUACCGUCUCCUGACCUAUGUGGCACCCACCACCCACGUUCUAUUAUGGAGGGCCAAGUCAGCCCAAGCAGUAGGGGCACACCUGUGAGGGGCAGACAUGCCGGUUGGGAGGGGGGAAGGGAGCUUGUUGAAAUAUUGCUGAGGUUGCAGUAAGUGGAGAGUGACUGCAUUAUGUAUACAGUGUAUGUAGAUUUAUUCACUCAUGUGUUUCCUAAUAGGGAAAGGCAUGAACCAAGGGGUGGUAAAUAUUUACCCUUCCCAAAUUGGGGACCUAAUAGAAUGCAGAAAUUGCAGAGUUUCAUUAGUACACUAUUUUUUGUACCCUCAUGAGAAAAGUUGUUGUUUCUGUAUCCACUGAAAGGAAGAACAAGUAGCAUAGUUCACAAGCUUGAAUAAUCUUUGCAGCAUUCAUAAAUUAGCCUUGCUAGCAGAUUGUAACGGGCUAAUGUGUUGCUCCAUUAGCCGUUACAGGAUAGGUCAUGUUUUUCGACCAACCUUAAAUUGGCGACACUAAAUUAGUUCUCGAUUCAGGCAAACAUGUAUUGUCAAAAAUGUCAGUAUCCAUUUGUAGGUGCUUUGUUUGAAUUUAGAAAAUGCUCCAUUUAUGUGUAUGCCGCCAUCUUGUCUAUUUCAAAUCUUCUCUCAUUUAUCAAGACAGGUAAGUGACAUGCAGCACUUUGGGGUGAACCCACCUGUCUCAAUCAAUGAGAAAAGAUUUGUAUACAUUGUUGGAUUACUUCAUGGAGAAAAUUAUUUUUUAUUUUAAUAACGGAGCAUUUUCUAAAUUCAAAUGAACCACCUGCAACUGGACACGGAAAUUUUAGAAGAUGCAUGUUUGGCCGAAUCAAGAACAAAGAUAGUAUGGCAAGUUAAGGUUGGUCAAAUUAUCUGUGCUACUCCACAAACAGUACCUACCCUAUAAUGGCGAAUGGAGCAUCACAUUAGCCGGUCAACAUCUGCUAGCUAACGUUAGCCAUGCAUGACAGUAACUUUUCCUCUCCCAGCUUCAGUGAUACAGAUGGUUUUCUCGAUCACUCUCGCUUUCUCUGGGUUCAGUGCUCGUUCUCAUUAUCCUUCCUUCACUCCCUCUCUCUGUCUCCAUUCCGUAUUUUGAAGACUCUGCCGUCUUCUCACCAUUGCAGUUUACUGAAAUGCCUGCAGCUCUGUGCCAGUUUUAGAGAGGAAAGACCUGAGCUGCUGUUGAACACAUCUAAAUGUUGAGUGUUCCCCCAUUCUGAAUUCUGAUUUACUCACUGCUGUAGCUUCAUGGCCCUGUUCUCACAGAAAGCUGCUGUCUCGCGAUUUGAAACGUUGUUAGGGUGUGAAUUUGAAUGAUACACAUACAUACUUGCGGCCAUUGGAAAAAAGUAUCUUGUACUUUCCUGCAGUGUCACAAUGUGCCUUUUUCCGUUUGUGACUAUUAUGGCUCUAAGGUCCUGGGAGCGAGAGUUGCCGCUUCCAAAAUGGAAGCCGAUUUGUUUCUCCUCCGGUGAGUAGUGCUCAGGGAGAGAGUAGUUUAUUUGAUAUAUUUAUCUAUCUUAACUCUGCUCUCUCUCUCGACUGUACUGUACUGUGCUGUGCUGUGCCCAGACCUCUGUGGUAUCCAGGGUGGAGGGACGCUGUCUCUCUGGAACUGCUGUAAAUUGAUGGAGGGUGAGGACGGGUUCCGACUGAGAGACAUGGUAGACAGACAUGGCGGAGGGAAGGAGACAGAGAGGGAAAGAAGGAAGGAGAGAACCAGAUUUAAUUUUGGUGGUGGUGUAGAGCUAUAAAUAAGACGGAAGGCAAAGGUCCACUUUUUAAGUUCUGUUGAUAGCUUUUUAAAUCUCUUUUAACUGGUCGUUCACCACUACGUACCUUAUUUGCUCUUGUCAGGAGGGAAGUAGCCUGAAGCUAAUUUAGGAGUUGAGUUCACUGGAGAGUUGGUAGCUUUUGCUCUGGUUUGUUUGGGGUUUGUGAUAGCCUGGGUCUCUUGUUAAGGGUUAGUCACAGUUCUCCUCAUACGACUGAAAUGUGGACCUUUUAAGGAAACCACAAGGUGCUGUCUUCAGUUUGCUGCCCUUCGUCAGGGACUGGUUUCAACAUGUCUUUCAUACAGUACCCAAGCUUAUUCAAGAAGGCUAAACCCCUUUCUGGUUUGACUCACAAACCAGACUCACAGUUCAUAGGAGACAGGUGAAUGGUAGAAGUAGGAAGUAGUUGAAUGGUGUGGCAGUUCAUAUAUCAUUUACAUUUUAGUCAUUUAAUAGACGCUCUUAUCCAGAGCGACUUACAGUUAGUGCAUACAUUUUUUAUUUUAUUUUCAUACUGGCCCCCCAUGGGAAUCGAACCCACAACCCUGGCGUUGCAAACGCCAUGCUCUACCAACUGAGCUACAUCCCUUCUCAAUCUUUUUUUGUAUUUUUCUCUCAGGGCUCGUCGUCUUCUGGUCGGUCCCAUAGCGUCUCCCUCCUCCCCCACCUCCCGCCAGCCUCCUCCUCGCCUGGUAUCCAGAGGCACUUGGUGUGUGCGGGCACACCGAGCAACAUCGUGACCAUCACCCACCACAAGUCCCCAGCCGCUGCCCGACGGGCCAAGAACCAGUAUCCUGGCCGACUACUGGAGGUCAAAGAGGUGGGUGGAACCUGAAACUGUCCCUCUGUGAUGACAUCAUCAUGGAUUAAUUGAUUAUAUAUUGUCGUAGGCGCUAGGCAGACUGCCAAAUUCAUCACAAUGUCAGACAGAUUGGAGUCAUGGAGUUUGGAUUUUUAAAUGUACUAUUUACACAAUAGGGAAUAUUUCUGUUCAAAGUACAUGACGCAGUCAUUUCAAAUUUACCCCAACAUUGACCCCAACAACUUUUGUUUUAAUACUGCACUGUAUUUCUUGUCCUAUGUGUUCAGUGUUUCUGCCUACCCUCUGGUGGGCCAUUGGUGCAAUGAGUUCAGCAAAUAUUUUUUGGCCUGGGCGUCUGACCCGAUCAAAAUUGACUGCACUGCGCUCUAUGUCUCUAGCUUUAGCUGGCUUGGCGUUUCUCUGUAUAUAUCCAUACUGCUUAACAUGGCAUGCGACAAAGGGGAAAGCUAGCUUAUAGGCUAGCUCAGCAUUUCCCAAACUUGGUCCUGGGGACCCCAAGGGGUGCACGUUUUGGUUUUUGCCCUAGAACUACACAGCUGAUUCAAAUAAGGACAUCAUCAAGCUUUGAUUAUUUGAAUCAGCUGUGUAGUGAUUGAGCAAAAAACUAAACGUGCACCCCUUGGGGUCCCCAGGACCAAGUUUGGGAAAUGCUGUGCUAGCUAAUGUUGUGCCUAUGGAGUGGUCUGAACUGGAGAGGUGGUGUGUCUUUAUGUCUGAAGAGGAUGAAAGGGCAUUAUACCGGUAAUUCCAGUUUUUGCUAAAAUGGUUGAACAACCAACUGCAGAAUUUGGCAUUGAUUUGCAUGGACAUUUUGGAGUUGUACUUUCGUGACUGAGAACCCCUUUAAAUUGCCAUUAGUCUUCCUCCAAAACUGACUCUGUACUUAGCUACUUUGUUGUAUGUCUCUUUCCUUUAGGGGAAAAUCCUAUCAGUGUCAGACUGUGCUAAGCGGGCCCUUUACUGCAUCAAUUAUACCCCAUGGAGUUAGCAAGCUGGCCAGUUCCGGCCACAGCCUGGUCCACAUCUGCUCUGUCUUCAUGCUCCGAUAGCCUGGUUAAAUCAGACUGAACACUGCACUUAUCAUUGUGAGCACAGCAUUCAAUCUGGGUUAACCAGGCUAUUGCUCAUAUGCAUUCACAAAUUUCAGCUUUUCGCCCUGGAACGACUGAUUUUGCAACCUUUCUGUAUAGCCUGUCUGCAGUCGGUUAUAGUGAUUUAUCGAAAAAGAUUACGUUGUACUACAGGCCGCAUUUGCCAGAGACAGCGGAUAAGGAAUUUAUUAAAUCUUGAUUGUCUGACACUUUUGGCUGAGCAGUCGCCUCAUUUCCAACUUUUGUUUAGUUAUCCCAAGCGGUCUAGUGUUGUUCCUGCUAUUGUCAGUGAGCUGUGUACUUGUCUGCUGAACUAUAUAGAUAAGAUUACUUGAAUACAUUUCAGCUGAUGGGAAGACUUCCCGAACUGAUGACAAAGCGUGUUCUCAUAUCAGACGAGAAAAGCUUUGCAAAAGGUAGGCCUAAUACAAUUUUUCAGGAGCGUCGGUAGGUACAUUAUGGGAAAUUACUGGAAAGAGUGAUGGAUUGUGUAUACUCUGAUCUUUAGAAAAAUUGUUGGCUUUGUUAUUUUUGUUCAUUAUUAUGCUUUGCCCUGAAUGAUUCGCAGGUUAGCGUUUUUUGUCAUGAAUCUUGUUCUGGAGGUAGCUCUGCAGAGUGGUCACUAGCUGGCACAGCCACAAAGUCUUAAAAUCUGUAGAUAUAGAUCUACAAUAUAGCCCAUUUUGCAGCUGGCCUAUUUAAGGGGAAAUCACCCAGUUCUGCCUCCAGGACAAGACUUGUGACAGGCCUGGUGUAUGGAGUAUUAGCAGUGGACACACUUGUGCUGUACCAUUGCCUCCGUCUGACAUUGCCUUUCAGGAAUGGGUGGAGGGCAGAACAUUAGUUCCAUUAGUUGCUGAUAGCUUUGCAUGGCACAAAUAACAACAAUUUUGCCCAUUCAGUCUCUUAGACACUGGGUAAAGGACAUGGCGGUCAGAACCUAUUAUUCCUACUGUAGCUACCGGACACCGUAUCAAUGCACAGGUAUGAGAGCCAACAGCAAAGGUUGCUCUCUUUGAGGCUCUGCUUCUGGAACAAGGUGGCUUUGUACAGGUUCUCAGAAACCUGGAACUCUAAAAGGGCAUUGGUGAAUGGUACACCGGCUAGCAGCAUAACAAAUAACUCAUGUAAUACUUUUUUCUUAGCUGAGGAAUUGGAUCACCUAAGACCUCAGGGACUCAGCUAGUUAAUAUGAGGGGAGUAAGGAGCCAUGGCACCCCCAUCAAACGAUAUCUCUCGUAUUUGUCCUCAAUGGCAUCAUGUAAAAUAAAUGUUCUACUUGUGAUUCAAACAACACUGUGGCAGGUUUUUAGUGCUGAGCGAUUAGUGCUUUUUGAGGUCGUUUUGGUUAGAUUAUAAAACAUUUUUUUACGGUUUUCGGUUUCGAUAAAAAAAAAAAAAAACAUUAAAUGGACUAUGCAUUAUGUGGGUUGAAUGCUGUAACACAGAAUAAAACAAUUAAUAAAAGUCCCAUGAUGGUAGUGACUGCCCAUUACUGCUUAUCAUUUAUUCACAUUACUUUUUAAUAAAAUAUUUAAGUUGUGUAUAUUACAUAUUGUUUUAUUUGAUUACUUAUUUUUUCAUUCCAAGUCAUCUCAUCUCUAUAGAGCUGCUGCCUAUGCUGUCUGACAAAAUCCCUAGUUUGUAGUUCUUCAAAGUAAAGAAGGCAUACUUUUAUGACCGCUGAAUACCAACUAUCAAUCACUUAGAUCAUGUAUUUUUAGGUAGAGAUACCUCGCGAAGCAACAGCUGCUCCCUAUAUCACCUCACGAUCGCGCGUUCAUCUCUCUUCCGUAGCAAGCGUAAAAAAAACAGACCGGACAAGUACAUGCGCAAUGGAUUAUGGUCAUUGUAGUUAAUUAACAUGUUUUAUGCUCUAAACUAUGUAGAAUAUUGGCCUGUUGGAAACUACAACUCCCUACUACGUCGCACAGUUCAGGUUGGAUCCGAUUUAUCUCUAGAGUAAGUGUGCGAUGUGCUCAUUGAGCUCACAGAAGAAGAAAAAAACUAAAUGGAAAUCAAAUAAUUGAACUUAAAAAAAAAAAAAAACGACAUUUCGGUUAAUUAAUCAGCACUACAGGUUUUUGACAUUCUUGGAAGAAUCUAAAUUUUUCAUAAAGCCCUUUUAAAUUCCUAAUUCAGAUCAGAUGCACUAUGCUGCAUCACUCUUCACACUAAGAAUAACUGUUUAAAAGGAGAUAUUGUCUAAAGACAUUAAUGGAGAAACUACUGCAGGAGUGGCAACAUUUCUCACCACUUGGAAAGUAGACUUGUUACCUGAAAUGAACCCAGAGGGAUUAGAGUAAAUAUCAAGCAGAUGGUUUGAUCGUUAAAUAACCCAAACACUCAUUUGGGCCCCUCUGAAUUUGGACUUAGAUUAUAGGAAACUGGGUUGUCUUUCUCUUCUCUAUGCUGUUUCAAGCUUGUGCUAACCUGCAUUCUGCCCAAAAACAGCCCUGUAACAUUUCCCUAUUUCCAUGGCCUGAUUUUACAUUCUAUGCAUCCCUCCAUUUUCUAAUUUUCUCCCUCUCCUCCUUACCUUGUCUGUAUGUUGUUACACUACCUCUCUAUUCAUGAUGGUAAUAAUAAUAAUUAUAUUAUUAUUAUUAUUAAUAAAGUCCCAUAAACAUGGCUGGCAGCAGGCCAGGUGGUGGCGGAGCGGGAAUGGAGCUGGGGCCUGGAGGCAGAUUUAUACACAGUCAUGGAGGCUCUGGGAUGGGAGGUGGCAUUGCCGUCCUGCCCUGCUUACUGGGAGAUUUAUGAGAUGGCACUUGACAGUGGUCCCAGAGUAGAUUUUGCUGUCUUGCCAACUUCUAUGGUCAUUGUCACGCCAUUGGCAUCUCAUCCAUAUUUUUGCUACAUGUAGUAUAGGAUUAGACACAUUUUCACUCAUGAUUAAUGAACUUUCCUAGCUCCUGUAAUAAUAAUUUGGUACACAGGUUAAUCAAUUAGUCAAAUACGUCUGUAAUCCCCUGAGAAUGGCAGUGGUUUGGUAGGUUGUAGAGAUAGACUGCUACUUAGUGUAGUUGUAAGUAGUGUGACUUGGUGGGCUGUAGUAGUAGACGCUAGUAGUAUAUCACACCCCAGUAAAUCUCCACAUGAUCCAACCGCUCUGCUCAGUCUUAUGGAAACACAGCACACCGACACUCACUGGGCAUCAAAACUCAAACCCAAUACCCCCUGAUGACAUCCACCACAUCCUCCCUGUGAACACUGGGAAUGCUGCCAUCAUGCUGUUACCUUUCACUGGCAGGUUCCAUCACCAUCCGACCAGCUCGGAAACUAGAGCACAUGACUUGACUCCAGCAGUGCUGCCUGUCACAACUGGCUGAUGUGAACCCAUCAGAUGCCUGGACUCCCUGAGUAGAGCAGCACCACUGGGCAUUUAGACAGCCAUGGCUCAAUGGUUCAGUCAGGUCAGGCUAUUUCUAUACUCUUCGUCUCUCCAGUGGGAAACGAAGGGAGGCAGUUUCAGUCUCUGCGCAGUUUCUACCUCCACACUGGCGGCCAUUUUGGACCGAGCUGUUUUAGUUGGUCCACUCUCUGUGGACCCUCUGUUUCCUUGCUCUGGAGUCUUAAGACAAGGAGAUGAGCUGUGUAUACAAAGCGUAUACUCAUAUAUACAACUCGCUGGGAAUUGUCAGUGUGCGUCACCAUUUGAAGGAUGUUGUUGCAGAGGUUUGUAGCAUAGAGGUCACCCCUGGUGGACACAGUCCUUCUUGUUUUAUCUCUUGACAGUUUUACAGUAAGGAGCCUGGUCCCUGACCGAGGGAGACUGUGGCCUAAUUCAGUCAGGCUAUCUCUACUGAUGGGCUGUCUGUCUUUCUCUAAGUCAAAGUCAUGUUGAAUCAACCGUGAGUGUGAAGUCUCAUGUCUGCCACCUGAGAUGGUUUUAUUUUUAGAUUCUACUGCAGCAUACUGUAUUGGCUUUGUAGGAAAUACUCUUAUGCUAUAUGGCCCUGGACUCCUGGUUCACAGACUCUUUAUAUCUCUCUCUUUCUCCUUCCCCUUUCUCUCUCUUACUAUUCCCUCUUUCUAUUUCUCUCUCUCUCUCUCUCUCUCUCUCUCUCUUACUAUUCCCUCUUUCUAUUUCUCUCUCUCUCUCUCUCUCUCUCUCUCUCUCUCUCUCUCUCUCUCCUCUCUCUCUCUCCCUCUCUCUCUCUCUCUCUCUCUCUCUCUCUCUCUCUCUCUCUCUCUCUCUCUCUCUCUCUCUCUCUCUCUCUCCUCUCUCUCUCUCUGGAAGUCUCAAACUUGACUGAGUGGCUCUCCCACACCAUUGUAAAAAAUAUAUUUUGGAAGCUAUAGAAAUGCAUUUAUUAAUGUCUUAUUUGUUUUUUGCCACAUUUUAUUAUAUUACAGACACCUUAAUGUAUACUAUUAUAUUAUGUGAGCUAAAUAAAAACAAAUAUAGAAACAUUUUCCUUAAAGUAUCAUUUUUAGAGAUUACUAAUGUUACUGUCCCCACAAAGUACUUAAAUACAUGUAAUUUUGUCCUUGAAACAUUUAAUUGAAAUACUGUAGAAUUCCAUUCAUUCCUAUGGAGGACUGCUCCUACUGUGUAGUGUCAAUAUGACUGACCAGAGGCUUCAAAGCCUCUCAAUGGCCAAUACAUAGCAUCAGCAAUCCAGGGUUUAAAUACAUCAUUGGCCUCUACACACUAAACCCAUGCUAAUCCUAGUGAAAAUCAGGGCUCACUCCUCAGGACACAGGGCCUCUGUCUGAGUGGUGGGAUGGAUGAGAGUUGUUUUACAACUGAUCCACUGAACUGCAACUACUUCAGUCACAUAUGCUGACCUGUUGUGGGUCAGUUCGGUAACAGUUGUUUGUGUUUUUGAAGGAGAACGUAGAAUUGCAGUGCAGUCCCCAUAGAAAAGCAUUUUGUCACUGAUUUAAGUGUUUGAUGUAUAAAAUGUCUACCAGAGGCUAGUCCUAUCAAUAACAUCACAUUUGUUUUGUUUGUAUUGUAGUUGGAUUAGCUACUUAUUCCGUAUCAAUGGAAGUACCACAAAUACGAUAUAACCCUGACUGUAAUGGCUCUCACUGAAUCUGUCAGUCAGCGAAACAACAGAUGUGCCAUUGAAGAGUGGGCUGCUGUGUGUUUGUGUUUGGGAAGCUAUACAAUAUUCAUGACCUGAACAUUUAUAGCAUGAUAAACAACCCAGAUUCAUUAGUAAAAAAUUUAUUUUCACAUGCACAUGUACAGUGAAAUGCUUAAUUUGCAUGCUCUACCGAACAGUUCAGUAAUCAAUAUCAGAAUAGUAUAACUAUUAAAAACAUAAGAAAUAAGAUAGGAAGCUAUAGGUCAGUGCCAAUACCAAAUAUACAAUGUGCAGGGAUACAGCCCUUACCCGUGGUAUAUUGGCCAUAUACCACAAACCCCCGAGGUGCCUUAUUGCUAUUAUAAACUGGUUACCAACAUACAGUGGGGGAAAAAAGUAUUUAGUCAGCCACCAAUUGUGCAAGUUCUCCCACUUAAAAAGAUGAGAGAGGCCUGUAAUUUUCAUCAUAGGUACACGUCAACUAUGACAGACAAAUUGAGAAUUUUUUUUCCAGAAAAUCACAUUGUAGGAUUUUUAUUGAAUUUAUUUGCAAAUUAUGGUGGAAAAUAAGUAUUUGGUCACCUACAAACAAGCAAGAUUUCUGGCUCUCACAGACCUGUAACUUCUUCUUUAAGAGGCUCCUCUGUCCUCCACUCGUUACCUGUAUUAAUGGCACCUGUUUGAACUUGUUAUCAGUAUAAAAGACACCUGUCCACAACCUCAAACAGUCACACUCCAAACUCCACUAUGGCCAAGACCAAAGAGCUGUCAAAGGACACCAGAAACAAAAUUGUAGACCUGCACCAGGCUGGGAAGACUGAAUCUGCAAUAGGUAAGCAGCUUGGUUUGAAGAAAUCAACUGUGGGAGCAAUUAUUAGGAAAUGGAAGACAUACAAGACCACUGAUAAUCUCCCUCAAUCUGGGGCUCCACGCAAGAUCUCACCCCGUGGGGUCAAAAUGAUCACAAGAACGUUGAGCAAAAAUCCCAGAACCACACGGGGGGACCUAGUGAAUGACCUGCAGAGAGCUGGGACCAAAGUAACAAAGCCUACCAUCAGUAACACACUACGCCGCCAGGGACUCAAAUCCUGCAGUGGCAGACGUGUCCCCCUGCUUAAGCCAGUACAUGCCCAGGCCCGUCUGAAGUUUGCUAGAGUGCAUUUGGAUGAUCCAGAAGAGGAUUGGGAGAAUGUCAUAUGGUCAGAUGAAACCAAAAUAUAACUUUUUGGUAAAAACUCAACUUGUCUUGUUUGGAGGACAAAGAAUGCUGAGUUGCAUCCAAAGAACACCAUACCUACUGUGAAGCAUGGGGGUGGAAACAUCAUGCUUUGGGGCUGUUUUUCUGCAAAGGGACCAGGGCGACUGAUCCGUGUAAAGGAAAGAAUGAAUGGGGCCAUGUAUCGUGAGAUUUUGAGUGAAAACCUCCUUCCAUCAGCAAGGGCAUUGAAGAUGAAACGUGGCUGGGUCUUUCAGCAUGACAAUGAUCCCAAACACACCGCCCGGGCAACGAAGGAGUGGCUUCGUAAGAAGCAUUUCAAGGUCCUGGAGUGGCCUAGCCAGUCUCCAGGUCUCAACCCCAUAGUAAAUCUUUGGAGGGAGUUGAAAGUCUGUGUUGCCCAGUGACAGCCCCAAAACAUCAUUGCUCUAGAGGAGAUCUGCAUGGAGGAAUGGGCCAAAAUACCAGCAACAGUGUGUGAAAACCUUGUGAAGACUUACAGAAAACGUUUGACCUGUGUCAUUGCCAACAAAGGGUAUAUAACAAAGUAUUGAGAAACUUUUGUUAUUGACCAAAUACUUAUUUUCCACCAUAAUUUGCAAAUAAAUUCAUAAAAAAUCCUACAAUGUGAUUUUCUGGAUUUUUUCCCCACAUUUUGUCUGUCAUAGUUGACGUGUACCUAUGAUGAAAAUUACAGGCCUCUCUCAUCUUUUUAAGUGGGAGAACUUGCACAAUUGGUGGCUGACUAAAUACUUUUUUUCCCCACUGUAAAUAGAGCAGUAAAAAUAAAUGUUUGAUUUUAACAUGUAUUGACGCCGGGGUGUGAAUACUUACGUAAAUGAAAUGUUUCUGUAUUUCAUUUUCAAUACAUUUGCAAACAUUUCUAAAAACAGGUUUUUACUUUGUCAUUAUGGGGUAUUGUGUGUAGAUGGGUGAGAAAAAAAAUCAAUUUAAUCAAUUUUGAAUUCAGGCUGUAACACAACAAAAUGUGGAAAUAGACAAAGGGGUGUGAAUACUUUCUGAAGGCACAUGUGAACAGGAGUAAUAGUGACCAAUAGCAGGAUAAAAUAGAUACCCAGAGAGUAGCCACUAGCUAGAACCGUCACUAUGGUUUACCCAUACAGGGAUCCCCAUGAAACCAUGAUUCCUUUUGAUUUCCUCAGUAGUUAGAUUCAAAACGCAUUUGAUUUUAUUCAAUUCAUAAGAAAUGAUUCAUUUAAAGGAAUAGUUAGCCCCCAAAAGAUCAGCUUUAAUAUUGCAGAUAGAUUGUAACUUCCAUCAAUGUAAUUGUCUGUAUCACUUCCAAUCCCCCAUAUGUUUUUUUUCAUACAUAAACAUAUAUAUAUAUAUAUAUCCUUUAAAAAAUAUAUAUAUUUCCCUUUAUUACUUUCCAACCCCACCACCCCUUCCCUAAUUGGAGUAAACUAUUGAACAACAAAGAUUAGGCCUCUACUUCCAGCUUAUACAUACUAUAUACAUUUUAUGGACACAGUCAAUUUUACAAUAAUUCUAUUUUGUUUGUUUUUACUCCUGAACUUCCUCUACCCUCAACCUCUCCGAUCAUUUUCAUGAUGUCCAUCCGGUUUGCUUCUAAAUGCUGUAUCUUUCUAACUGUGCUCUUUCACAAAAGCUCUCAACCUAUAACCUAUAUACUUAUUAUGGACACAGUAUGCUUUAGAUUAGUUAUCUUGUUGUUAUUAGUUGUUGUUAGUUGUUAUUAGUCCCAUCCUUCAACUCCAUUCAACACCUCCCAUCUAUCUCUUAACACCAUCCAUAUUGGAUUUCUAUUUGCCAUAUAUUUUUCAACUGUACUGUGAUGUUUUACAAAAGUUCUGAACCCUUCUAUUCUCAUUGUUACUACAGAUUGUAAAUUGAAAAUAAACAUUUUUGCAAAAGUAUGAUUAUAUUAUUGAUCGAUUGACUGACUUUUCAGAUCACCCAGUAGUGCUAUCUGCAGGGUUAGCUCCAGGUAAAUAUUGCAAUCCUUUAGCCAUUCCUAGACCUGUGUCCAAAAACAAGCUACAAAUGGACAGUACCAAAACAAAUGAUUCUGUCUCUUCGCAGCAAAAUCUGCAGAGCUGGGAAGAUUGUAUCCCCCAUAUAAAUAACGUUCUAUUGGUAGCAAGAAUUUUGUAUAAUAAUUUAAAUAAAUUUUUGAAUCUGCCGUUGUUUUGCGUAUCAGUUCAUAAACACUAUUUUUUUUAACAUUUUCGUCAUUUUAGCAGACGCUGUUAUCCAGAGCGAUUUACAGUUAGUGAGUGCAUAAUUUUUUUUUUUUUCAUACUGGUCCCCCGUGGGAAUCGAACCCACAACCCUGCCGUUGCAAGAGCCUUGCUCUACCAACUGAGCUACACAGGACUAUGCCAUGGAAUCAGUACGUCAAACAUUUCUUCCCAACUAUUUUGCAAUCUAUAUGGGACGGCUGUCAAUCCUUUGGUCCUAAAAUGAAACUGGUAUACUUUUUUAUUUAUCACAAUUUUCUUUAACCAAUUAUGUUCUUUAAUGCAGGGCCGACAGACAAGUUCCUUACUUUUCCCCCCUUCCACUUUCCUCUUCCAUUUUUGCGGUAAUGCUGAAAUUAUUUGGUUGUAAUUUUGGGUAGAGCAGACAUUUCCAUAUGUUUUUGUUAGCUGCAUGUGCGACAUAACUCCACCAGUCCUACCUAUGAUAUCAUUUACGAAGAUUAUACUUUUAAUUUUUUUAUUUAAAAAGAUAAUGUUUUUUUAUCAAUUAGUAUAUUUGAGUUUAACCACAAUAUUUGUUGCAUUAUUUGUUCUGUCGUUUCUGGAGGAUUCAAUUGAAAUUGCAACCAACUUACUAUGGCUUGUUUUAGAUAUAGUGAUAUUUGGGAGAUUAUUUCCUUUUCAAAUAACUGAAAGUGAGAGGUUGUAAUCUGAAUAAAGGGAAAAGGGCCAUUCUUGAACAUUGGGUGAGACAAUCUUACUAAUUUGCUAGAGAACCAGUUCAGAUUUAAGUAUAACUUUUGUAUGACUGAAGCUUUUUUAGUGAUAGGUCUAAUGCUUUAAUAUGUAAUCAUUUCUGUCCUCCGAAUUCAUAUUCAUUAUAUAAAUAGGCCCGUUUAAUUUUGUCUGGCUUGCCGUUCCAAAUAAAAGUGAAUUUUUUUCUCUCAUAUAAUUUAAAAAAAACUGUUCGCUAGGCGUAGGCAAGACCAUAAGCAAAUAGGUAAACUGGGAUAAUACUAGAGUUAAUCAGGGGGAUUUUUCCACAAAUUGACAGGUAUUUACCUUUCCAUGGUAGCAAGAUCAAAUAUGAAGUUUUACAAAAUUUUCACCUAGGCUUCAUUUAGAUGCUGGUUAUUUAGCAACAUCCAGCAUAUUCUGGCAAGCAUUUUCCGAGCAUGUAACAAUGUUAAUAGAAACACACUAGGUUGAUUCGUAGCCUCUCUUUUUUAAGUGAGAGAUUUCCCAAGGUAAAGUUUGUUGUGUCUGCUGCCCUGGCAUUCUCAGGGUCACAGUGAGGUCAGUGCAUCUGUUGCUCAUGGAGUUUGAGCAGCUGCAGCCGUUCCCACAGAUACUAGAACGUAACAACAUGGGGAGAGAAGAGAUGCAGAACACGUAUUCUUCAAUUCCACAUAAUCCUCAAUUCAUCUGUCAAAUAUAACCCCUUCAACUUUUAGUCAUUGAUAAAGUUGGCAGCUAAGGUUGAGGAGUGGUAGCUAAUGUUGAGGAGGUACAUGUAUGUGUCAAUGUAUUGUAUCUAAAUGUGAAAGUUAUUCUGAAAUUGACACAAACCCUUUAACUCUGUCCUGUCGUCCCUCAGGCGAUGAGCCAAGCAGAGGGCCAACAGAAGAACCUGGUCCAAUCCAUUGAGUCCCUCCCCACGCGAGGACCCCUUUCCUGCCUGGACCAGGACCUCCUGCUCCUCAAAGCCACAUCGGCCGCCACCCUGAGCUGCCUGGGAGAGUGCCUGAACAUCCUGCAACAGACCCAAACCCACAGCCAGCCCCAGGCCUCCCAGCCCAACCACACCCACGGUCCCCCCUCCGGUGAGUCCGCCACGGGCAUCCCUCCCCUGGCGUUGGCCCCCCUGUCCUCCCUUCCAGACCCCGACAGCAGCAGCAAGGGCCACAUGAUCAUGGAGGUAGAAUGUGGCCCUUGCCCCUAUCUAACCGGAGCCAUGAACUUGAGUGUCUGUAAUAAAUGUUGU